AGAUUAAAACCAGAACAGACUGCGGAAGAUCACUGUGCCAAUCACUACAUGUGUUGCACUGCGUGCGCAUUUAAUGCGUACAAGUUGUACUGUGUCGCCUAACAGUGCUGCAGUCUUCUGAUCACGGUCUGUAAGUGAUUUUACUUCGUUGGUUACUGCUUUUAGGACUGUCAGGAUGGAUCCACAGAAGGAUGUGCAGCCACCCAAACAGCAGCCUAUGAUCUACAUUUGUGGAGAAUGUCACACUGAAAAUGAAAUUAAAGCCAGAGAUCCAAUCCGAUGCAGAGAAUGUGGUUACAGAAUAAUGUACAAGAAGAGAACAAAAAGAUUGGUUGUGUUUGAUGCUCGCUGAAGUCUGAUGGUUCCAUCUAAUAGAAGAUUAAUCAUAUUUUCACCUUUUCCUCUUUUAAUUACAUUUUAGUUCAGUUGCAUCGUUGUUUCAUAAGAAAAAUGUAAUGAUUGCUUAAGUUUGUAAUAAAAAAAACAACAUGAGUGGUAUAAA